GUGCAGAUUGCAAACACCAUGUCUGACUCGGUAAUUCUUCGCAGUGUGAAAAAAUUUGGAGAGGAGAAUCAUGCUUUUGAAUCAGAUGGAUCAUAUAACAAUGAUAAGAAACCAAGGUCACAAGAGAAAAAGAAAGGUGAAAACAUUCAAAUUGGCUUCUUUCAACUGUUUCGAUUUUCUUCAUCGACUGACAUUUGUCUGAUGUUUAUGGGAAGUCUGUGUGCAUUUCUCCAUGGAAUAGCCCAGCCAGCCAUACUUAUUGUUUUUGGUAUGAUGAUAGAUGUUUUUAUUGAGUAUGACAUUGAAAGGCAAGAACUGGAGAUUCCAGGAAAAGUGUGUAUAAAUAACACCAUUGUAUGGAUCAACAGCUCCUUCAACCAGAACAUGACAAAUGGAACACGCUGUGGGUUGUUGGACAUCGAAAGUGAAAUGAUUAAGUACUCUGGCCUCUACGCAGGAGUCGGUGUGGCUGUAUUUAUUCUAGCAUACAUUCAAAUACGAUUUUGGGUAAUCACCGGGGCUCGUCAAAUAAAGAAAAUGAGGAAAGUGUACUUUCGGAACAUAAUGAGGAUGGAGAUUGGAUGGUUUGACUGCACUUCUGUGGGAGAGCUGAAUUCAAGAUUCUCCGAUGAUAUUAAUAAAAUCAAUGAAGCCAUUGCCGACCAGCUGGCCCUCUUUAUUCAGCGCAUGUCAACAGCCAUCUGUGGGUUCCUGAUAGGGUUCUACAGGGGUUGGAAACUGACCUUGGUUAUUCUUUCUGUCAGUCCUCUCAUUGGGUUUGGAGCAGCCAUCAUAGGUCUGAGUGUGUCUAAGUUCACGGAGCUGGAAUUGAAGGCUUAUGCCAAAGCAGGAUCUGUUGCUGAGGAAGUGAUUUCAUCUAUGCGGACAGUGGCUGCCUUUGGUGGUGAGAAUAAAGAGGUCGAAAGGUAUGAGAAAAAUCUUGUGUUUGCCCAGCGCUGGGGAAUUAGAAAAGGAAUGGUGAUGGGAUUCUUUACCGGAUACACGUGGUGCCUCGUUUUUUUUUGUUAUGCGCUGGCCUUCUGGUACGGCUCCACACUAGUCCUUGAUGAAGAAGAGUACACACCAGGGACACUGGUCCAGAUUUUCCUCUGUGUCAUAGUAGCAGCUAUAAAUUUUGGUCAUGCAUCUUCUUCCUUGGACGUCUUUGCCACUGGGCGGUCAGCAGCCACCAGCAUUUUUCAAACAAUAGACAGGCAACCCAUCAUCGACUGCAUGUCAGAAGAAGGAUACAAGCUAGAUCGAAUCAAAGGUGAAAUUGAAUUCCAUAAUGUGACCUUCCACUACCCUUCUAGACCAGAAGUGAAGAUUUUAAAUAACCUCAACAUGGUCAUUAAACCUGGGGAAAUGACAGCUCUGGUGGGAUCCAGUGGAUCUGGGAAGAGCACAGCACUACAGCUCAUUCAGAGAUUCUACGACCCCUGUGAAGGCAUGGUGACACUGGAUGGCCACGACAUUCGCUCUCUCAACAUCCGGUGGUUGAGGGAUCAGAUUGGGGUAGUGGAGCAGGAGCCAGUUCUGUUCUCUACCACUAUUGCAGAAAACAUCCGUUACGGCAGAGAAGAAGCAACAAUGGAAGACAUAGUCAAAGCCGCAAAGGAGGCCAAUGCCUACAACUUCAUCAUGGCCCUGCCACAGCAAUUUGAUACCCUUGUGGGAGAAGGAGGAGGCCAGAUAAGUGGUGGUCAGAAACAAAGGGUAGCCAUCGCUCGAGCCCUCAUACGGAAUCCCAAGAUCUUGCUUUUGGACAUGGCUACUUCGGCACUGGACAAUGAGAGUGAAGCCAUAGUACAAGGAGAAUUGAAUAAGAUUCAACACGAGCAUACGAUUGUCUCAGUUGCCCAUCGCCUAUCAACUGUCAGAACAGCAGACGUGAUCAUUGGUUUGGAUCACGGAGCAGCUGUGGAAAGAGGCACCCAUGAAGAACUGUUAGAGAGAAAAGGUGUCUACUUCAUGCUUGUGACCCUGCAAAGCCAAGAAGAUGAAGCCCCCAAAGAAAAGGGCAUAAAGGGAAAAGAUGCAACCAGAGAUGGUGCACUUGAGAGGACUUUUAUCAGAGGGAGCUAUCGGGAUAGUUUAAGAGCUUCCAUCCGGCAACGCUCCAAGUCUCAGCUUUCUCAAAUGACACAUGACCCUCCAUUGGCUAUUGCUGAUCACAAAUCUAUGUAUGAAGACAGCAAGGACAAUGACAUGCCUGUGGAAGAAGUUGAACCGGCUCCAGUUAGAAGGAUUCUGAAAUUGAAUUUUCCAGAAUGGCACUACAUGCUGGUAGGAGCUUUGAGUGCGUGUAUUAACGGGGCAGUCACACCCAUCUACUCCUUUAUAUUCAGCCAGAUCCUUGGGAUUUUUUCGAUACCUGAUAAAGAAGAACAAAGGUCAGAGAUUAGCAACAUGUGUCUGUUUUUUGUAGCCCUGGGCUGUGUAUCCAUUUUCACACAGUUUCUGCAGGGUUACACUUUUGCCAAAUCUGGGGAGCUCCUUACAAAGAGGAUACGUAAAUUUGGUUUCAAAGCAAUGUUAGGACAAGAUAUUGGCUGGUUUGAUGACCUCAGAAAUAACCCUGGAGUUCUGACGACUAGGCUUGCUACAGAUGCCUCCCAGGUUCAAGGGGCUGCUGGCUCUCAAAUUGGGAUGAUGGUCAAUUCCUUCACUAACAUUGCUAUGGCCAUAUUCAUUGCCUUCCUCUUUACCUGGAAGCUCAGUCUGCUUAUAUUAUGCUUCUUCCCCUUCUUGGCUUUAUCGGGAGCCCUACAAACGAAAAUGUUGACAGGAUUUGCCUCUCAAGACAAGCAAGCUCUGGAGAAGGCUGGCCAGAUCACCAGCGAAGCUCUUGGCAACAUCCGCACGGUUGCAGGAAUGGGUGUGGAGAGGAGAUUUACUAACGCCUUUGAAGUUGAGCUAGAAAGCUCAUACCACACAGCUGUUCGGAAGGCGAAUGUCUAUGGACUCUGCUUUGCCUUUUCCCAGGCCAUAUCAUUUUUUGCGAGUUCUUCUGGCUACAGAUACGGAGGUUACUUAAUUGUCCAGGAAGGGCUACAUUUCAGCUAUGUUUUCAGGUCGAUCUCUUCAGUUAUGCUGAGUGCAACAGCCGUUGGAAGAACCUUCUCUUACACCCCAAGUUUUGCCAAAGCUAAAAUAUCAGCUGCACGCUUUUUUCAGCUGCUAGACCGAAAACCUCCAAUUAAUGUAUAUAGUGCAGCAGGGGAAAAAUGGGACAACUUCCAAGGGAAGAUUGAUUUUGUUGACUGCAAAUUUACAUAUCCAUCUCGUCCUGACAUCCAAGUUCUCAACGGUCUCUCGGUGUCUGUGGAUCCAGGGCAGACACUGGCUUUUGUUGGAAGCAGUGGGUGUGGCAAGAGCACCAGCAUUCAGCUGUUGGAACGCUUCUAUGACCCUGAUCAGGGGAAGGUGAUGAUAGAUGGUCAUGACAGCAAAAAAGUCAAUGUGCAGUUCCUCCGUUCACACAUUGGAAUCGUUUCCCAGGAGCCGGUGCUGUUUGACUGCAGCAUAAUGGACAACAUCAAGUAUGGGGACAACACCAAAGAAAUCUCUAUGGAAAGAAUCAUAGCUGCCUCAAAGCAGGCUCAGCUGCAUGACUUUGUCAUGUCUCUCCCCCAGAAAUAUGAAACUAAUGUUGGGAGCCAGGGCUCUCAACUCUCUCGAGGGGAGAAACAGCGCAUUGCUAUUGCCCGGGCCAUUGUACGUGAUCCUAAAAUCUUGCUACUCGAUGAAGCCACAUCUGCCCUAGACACAGAAAGUGAAAAGACUGUGCAGAUUGCUCUGGACAAAGCCAGAGAGGGUCGGACCUGUAUUGUCAUUGCCCAUCGCCUGUCUACCAUCCAGAACUCAGAUAUCAUCGCUGUCAUGUCACAAGGGGUGGUGAUUGAAAGGGGGACCCAUGAAGAACUGAUGGCCCAGAAGGGAGCGUACUACAAGCUGGUCAGCACUGGAGCUCCCCUCAGUUGACCCAACUCAAGACCUUCACACACAGAUAACAGCGCAAAGUCCAAGAGCUCUGCAGGUUGUUGUAGCUAUACAGAGACUCAUUAGUGUUUUACAAACAUAGUCACCCACUGGGGUCCAAGCUAACUUUGAGUGACCUUCAGUAACAAUUCAUUUUGAAAUGUCUGUGUAGAAAGGUCUGGCAGCUGCUUACCUACUACCCGGUGCUGCUCUGGGUGGGAGCUGAUCGCUGCCAUCAUCUAGGACUUACUUAGAGGGCAUGGAGUCCUCCUUUGGGACAGAGAACUAUCUCUUGUACAUGUGAAAGCUCCUUGUACACUAAGCCUGCUGUGUAAUCCGCACUUGGCUGUUGUUGGAGCCAGAUGAAGGUCAAGAACAAAGGACUCAAGGCUACUGGUAUUUCUUGAUUAAGUUUUGUUUGUUUUCUAUAUGGAAUCAAAUUCAUUUACUUCUAAUCCUGUGAGCAGAGAAAGGAGUGCUUUCACGUUCUGGAGUCUCUCAGGCUUGGGGAAGGCAAAGGUGAACUAAGGAAUAGUAGAGGCCACCAGUUGAAUGCACUGACUUAGACGGAAGACUCAGGGUGUUGCUGUCACCAUGCACUACGGCUGGAUCUGCCAUUGUGGAGCAGGGACUCUCUGCCAGGACUUCAUUCCCUGCCCUUGUAUCACCUGAUGACCCUCAUUCCUAUGAAAUCCUAGUCACACAAUGGAAACGCAUCACUUCUGAAGUCGUUACAGAAUGACCCAGUUAAACAUCACAGAAAAACAUCCACUUUUGUCAUUUUCUUCAGAAUACCACUAAUACCACUUCUUAUGGUAUCAAAGAAAGCAUGCAGCCUCAGGAAUAGAGAAAACUUCAAAAUGAUGCCAGGAAAAAAAUGUGUGAGCUGAAUUUGUGACAAUGGAUUUCAAAGACCAGAGAAAAUUGGCACGUAAUCUAUUAGCCGGGCAAAGCCUGUAGGCACAUUUCCUACUACAGAUCCCCUGGAAGGCUAGGAUACAAAAGUCUCAGGGUCCUUCUGGAAGGAGGGGGUGGAGGGACAGAUGAGCCCAAAGUUAGAAGAAUGGCUUGAAAAUCUGUGUAAGUUUUGUGGGUGCACAGCCCAUUCCUGCAGCAGGCUGGCAGCCCUUGUUCAGUACCAGAACAACACCAGCUACUGCUUCCCUUGCCCACAGGCAGGCUUGAGUGUAGGGACAUAAACUACAGCUGAAGGGGAGAGUCAUGCACAAGCAAUGAGGGGCUGGGUCUAAGACUACAGAUGAACAGACAAUCUCGCAGCUGCCUGUCUGGCAGAGGAUCAAAGAAUGACUCUCUGGCUGGAGCAACUCUUCAGUACAAAAAUGAAAGAUCUGUGGUCUGAUGCUAGGGAGAUAGCAAGGAAAAUUUCCUGUCCACACACCACCCUACCAUGAAGCCCAACAACAUGCAUCCACUGAGUUUGCUCUUCUCUUGUUGUCCAGUGUCUCUCUUGGGAGGAAACAGACGGGCUAGGACCAAGUGAAGUUAAGCAGCUUCAACAGAGCAAAUGGCAGGUAACAGACAAAAGCCAAGAUUGGGAAAACACUGAGAUGAGACAAGACAGUUCUGUCUAUUCAAAUAAAAAUAAGGGUUUAUGGAAAUGACCACACACAUGCAUGCACAUGCAUCCAUACUCACAUGCAUGUACACACACACACACACAUGCAUACAUUAUACAUACAUGCAUGCUAAAUAUGCAGAAAAUAUACACACACACUAAAUAUCCAAAAAACAGCUCAUGAUAGAAAAAUGAAAAGUUAAGUAAUAGGACAGAUGAGGACCUGGUUCCCAUGGACCAUACUGUCAUCGCAUCAUCUCCCCCUCUUCCAUCUUACUCUCAAGUCCAUCCUGCUUAUAACUUCAUCGUCCCAUGCCCACCGAAUGACUCCCUGCCUACAGAAGAGACUGAGCUGUGAUAUUUUGAAAUGUACAAUUAUUGUUGCUGUUGUUAUUUGUCCUUUGGUAUUUCCUGGUAAAUAACUGCAAAGAAGGGCUAGCGGGUUAACCCGGAAGUUCAGAAUUGCUGGAAGUCCCAGGCUGGGGAUGCAGAGGGUGGAGGAAUGCCUCUGGGGGCAAGUAAGUUUCAGAAUAAUUGACUGCUAGGAAGGAACUAAGCUCUGUAGCAAACACACACUUAUUCUCAACUCUUGAGCGAGGAAGACUACAACUCACUUGUCGGGUUUGCAGAGGGCGAGGAUGGGCUGUUUCUGGGAGGUUGCCUGUUUCCUAGAAAGACAUCUGGGGAGUGUGCAAGAGGAAUGAAUAAAAGUUGCCCCGUUAAAUAAAGUGAUUCUAAGUAACUGGUUUGAGGGGAAAGGGCCGGCUGGACAAGCUGAUUCUGGUUGUGGCGUUUAUCACAGCAGUAGCAGCCUCAUUGACACAAUGGACCUCCGGAUUCUUUUGUCCGAAGCUCUCCCAACUCCAGUUGCUCUGCGUCUGCUCUUUGAGCAUGUGGAACAAAGCAUCUUUGAGCAUGUGGAACAAAGACACCAUGAAUUCAGAGCUUCAGGCAAACAUGCAGCUUUCGGCAAUGGGGUACUCAUUUAGAAAUGGAAUGCCUGGAAUAUUGAUAUUGUGUCCUAGUACAGGAAAAUACAUGGGAUCCAAAUUAAGAGUAUUUUGCCAUAUAUUAGUCAAGUGUUAAAACUUUAGUUUUCUAUCUUAGGAAAUGUCAGUGGGUUUGUGAGAUGGCUCAGUGGGUGAAGACACUUGCUGACAAACUUAUGACUUGAAUUUGAUCUUCAGGUCCCACAUAGUGGAAGAAGAUAACCAUAAUAAACUUCUACAAGUUA